GUGGUUACUCGUGGGAGACGGCUUAUACAUUACUGAGCUGUUGUUGUUUUCAAUACAGUUGUGUAUUACUGACAACACUAAAGAUUGGACAAUGGCUGACAAGGAAUCUUUGAUACAGAAGGCCAAGGUACGUAGCGUUACAAUGACGCUGUGUGAAGCUGAAGAGCGGUGGCAGGACAUGGCGUUGUGCAUGAAGGAAGUGGUGGAGAUGGGCGAGGAGCUAACUGCUGAGGAGAGGAACCUGCUGGCCUUAGCCUACAACAACAUGGUGGGGUCCCGGAGGGCCGCCUUGCGGACCAUCGCGUCCGCCGAGCAGAAGGCGGCCGACGGCUCGGAAAAGCAAAAGGUGGUGACCGAGAUGAAGGAGAUGUGCGGCGAAUUCGUGGCGCUGCUGGACAAGUUCCUCAUCCCCACGUGCAAUCAUGAUGAGGGCAAAGUCUUCUACCAGAGGUUCAAGGCAGACUACCUCCGGUACCUGGCGGAGAUCAGCGAAGGCGAAGAGCAAGAAAACAUGGUGACGAAGGCCAAGGAGUCCUACGAGAAAGCGCACGAAAUGGCUGCCAAGCUGAAAGCAGCACACCCCAUUCGACUGAAAGUGGCGCUAAACUUCGCAUCGUUCCACUACGAGAUCAGGAAGAAUCCUCAAGAAGCGUUCCAGCUGGCGCUGAAGGCGUUUGAGGACUCGACAGCGGAUCCGGGCGGCAUAAAUGAAAACUCGUACAAAGACAGCACCCUCAUCAUGCAGCAACUCCGAGACAACGCCACACUAUGGAAUAGCGAGACUGAAGAUCAAGGAUAGGACUAAGUCGCCUCCUCCCCUCCAACAUAGCAAGCGCAUUUCACACAAUCGGGUCAACUCUUCUCAUACUUCUUUAGUUAACGUCAACGUCAAAGUUUUAACUUUGACGUUGACGCUGGUUCUGCCUUUUAUAACCACUGUUUUACUACUGUUGGAAUUACGAACGUCCUUUCUUUUUGACAAGAAAUAAUGAACCAUUGUUUACUUGAUCAUUUAUCUUUUUCUAAACUACAUUUUGAGCCCUUUGCAUAAUAUCAUGCUACUUGGUCCAUCGAUUUCACAAUCUGUAUGUGCUUUGUACUUUGAAGGUUACUGUGGCAGUAUCCCCUUUUACUUCCAUACAUUUCCACAACUAAACCCACUUUCGUGGAUGAAGGCAAGACGUCCAGUUAGGCUUAGGUCACAUUUCCAAACCGGGGCCCGGCCGGGAUGUUUUAAGAAACGAAAAAUUACAGUGUAUACCUAGAAACAUACCAUGAAUCUUAUUUUGACAUUUUGUGUAUUUUGAUGCAUUUCAUAUCAUUCUUUUUUUAAAUGUGACAGUCACACCGGUUUUCCUAGACGCUGGCUCUGUUUUGCUCAUAAUAAUAUCUAUAAUUGUGUAGUCUUGUGGUGUUAGUACUAGUGUUGAUUCAUAGGGGAUAUUAACUUUUCAUUAUUAUAUAUUUGGCUUGUUGUUAAGUGGGAAAAGUUGGUGUUUAGCCCGGGAGAAAGUUAUCAAUAAAGUGCUAUUUACAGUUAUAAAGUAAUGGUAUCACUUAAGUCAUACCAGUUUAAAGAGGCACUGGGUCUGUUUUGCCCAAAACAUUUAAAUCUAUGAUUGAUUAGAUUUUUGUGGUGUUAAUGUUUAGUUAUCGGUAAGCUGCUUGGUUUUGGUGUCCAGUCGGAAAAGUUGGCGUGUAGUCCGGGAGGAAGUUUUCUGUUUGCCCCAAACAUUAAAUCUAUGAUUGAUUAGACUUUUGUGAUGUUAAUGUUUAGUUAUCGGUAAGCUGCUUGGUUUGGUGUCCAGUAGGAAAAGUUGGCGUGUAGUCCGGGAGUAAGUUUUCAGUAAAGUUUUUUUUCUCCAGACACAACAUUGUGAACAUCGUUUUAUCGUUUUUAUUGUGUCCUUUAUUUGUGUCUAUUAAAUACCUUUCAUGUUGAUGUAA